UACCCACACAAACCAUUCUCAUUCUCUUUAACGAGUAACGACACAUCUUUGCGAUUGUUCAUAUAAUCGCUUCUGAUAAUAAAGCUAUCGCCACAAGAAAGAAGAAAAAGCGAUUAUUCGCGAUUCACUUUUCAAGCUUCCGUUGUCGAUCAAAGGGGUUUUCUCCGAUUCCGUCAUCGAAGGCACCAAGAUUCGAUUUCAUCACCAAACCCUAACCGUUCCUGUUGCUUCUCGUGGUUUCUAAUUCGGUAGGGUUUCGCUUCGCUGGAUUUGGAUUCCAUUUUUGUUGAUGCUCUCAAGAUCAUUCAAGACUCCGUUUCUUAUCGUUCUUGAAGAAAUUUAGAUUUAUUUUCAUUGUUAUGGUGGUUCGAUUUAUUCGAUCGUGACCUAGAUAGGAAAAAAAAAGUAGAGAGAAAGAUAUUUGAUAUAUUGUACUGUUUGAUUUUGUUUUGAUUUUCACUAUUAUUUAAUUAGUAUUGUUGUAAUUUUGUUCAAUUUUGAAGAGAUUUAUUGAUUAUUGUUUUUUUGUGUUAAUUCAAUAGAGUAAUUUACCAUGGCGGUGUAUUAUAAAUUUAAGAGUGCAAAAGAUUAUUAUUCAAUUCCUAUGGAUGGUCCUUUCAUAUCUGUUGGUACAUUGAAACAAAGUAUAUUUGUAUCCAAGCGUUUUGGAAGGGGUACUGAUUUUGACCUUCUGGUUACUAACGCUCAGACCAAUGAAGAAUAUCUCGAUGAAGAAAUGUUGAUUUCUAAAAAUACGUCAGUGUUAAUUCGACGGGUUCCAGGACUGCCACGUGUACCAAUUGUUAUUGAACAAAAACAAGGAGUUGAAAAUAAGGUUGUGGAAACUGAACCUAAGAACAGUACCUUACCGGCAGAUUAUACAUCUUCCAUGCAAUAUCCUGAAAAUUUGGAUUGGCAUGAAUUUGGCAAUGAUGUAUAUUCAAUACCUGAUCAACUGCCUGUUCAAUCAAGCACCAUGAUUCCAGAUGCUCCUCUCACUAACAAAGCUGACGAAGACAGUAAGAUUAAGGCCUUGGUUGAUACUCCUGCACUGGAUUGGCAACAACAAGGUUCAUACUUUGGCGCUGGUAGAGGUUUUCGAAGGGGCAUGGGUGGUGGAAGGAUUGGGGGUGGACGUGGUUUUGGGUUGGAGCGGAAAACACCUCCAGAAGGCUAUGUAUGUCACAGAUGCAAGGUGUCUGGACAUUUCAUUCAGCAUUGCCCUACAAAUGGUGAUGCAACUUUUGACAUCAAAAAACUCAGGCAACCUACUGGUAUUCCUAGAUCUAUGCUGAUGGUAAAUCCACAAGGUUCCUAUGCUCUACAAAAUGGUUCAGUAGCUGUUUUGAAGCCAAAUGAGGAUGCGUUCAAUAAAGAAAUGGAAGGGUUGUCAUCCACACGUUCAGUUCGUGAUCUACCACCUGAGCUCCACUGCCCCGUGUGCAAUAAUGUCAUGAAAGAUGCUGUAUUGACAAGCAAGUGUUGUUUUAAAAGCUUCUGUGAUAAAUGUAUUAGGGACUAUAUUAUGUCCAAGUCUGCAUGCGUAUGUCUUGCAACAAAUAUUCUUGCAGAUGAUCUUAUACCAAAUAAGACGCUUAGAGAUGCCAUCAAUCGCAUAUUGGAGUCUGGCAAUAGCAGUACUGAAAAUGCGGGGAGCACUUCUCAAGUUCAAGAUAUGGAGUCUUCUCGUUGCCCACAACCCAAGAUACCAUCUCCAACUUCAUCUGCUACCUCCAAGGGAGAACCAAAUAUACAGGAAAUAGCUGCUGAGAAAAAGGAGGUCUCUGCUACACAGCAGGUAUCAGAGCAAGUAAAGAUCCCUAGAGCUGCAGUUGUAUCUGAAGCUACUCAUGAGUCUAUGAAUGUGAAGGAACCAGUCUCCCAAGGGAGUGCUGAGCUGGUUGAGGAAGAAGUGCAAGAAAAGUUGGUCCCCACCGACGGAGGAAAGAAGAAGAAAAAGAAGAAAGUCUGUAUGCCUGCAAAUGAUUUACAAUGGAAUGCCCCACUUGACCUUGGGGGUGAGAACUAUAUGAUGACACCGAUAGGCCUACUGCCUUUUAGCUACAAUUCAUACUGGAAUGGCAUGCAACCUUGUAUGGAUGGAUUUAUGGGACCAUAUGCUGCUCCAAUGAUGGGUUAUGGUAUAGGCCCCUUUGACAUGUCAUUUGCAGGUGGUCCGCCUCAAGACCCAUUUGGCAUGCAAGGUUAUGUGAUGCCUGUUCAUCCACCUCAUAGGGACUUAUCCAAAGAUCGAGAAUUUGGUAGAGAUGUGAGCAAUGUUGGAGAUGUUUCUUCGUUGAAACCAAAAACAGUAUGCACUUUCUAUUGUCUUAAUUUUCAGCUCUCUAUGUGGAAUUUUAUGCGUUUAUUAUUUUCUGUGGGUUUUCUACCUAACGUUUGUCCAGAAACCUCAAGCAUGCAAAAGAACAUCAUUAUAGUAGAUAAUCCCAUUUGUUAUUUUUUUGUAUUUAAUUAUAGUAGUCUUUGGAAGUUAUUUCUUUUGGCUUCAUUUAUUGAUUAUAGUAUUUAUCUAUCAAGUUAUAUUGUGUGGUUGUUUCCGAAAUGGUUGAGGGAGCGAUUCCGGCGUGUCUCACCUAUUUUAUGGUCAACGGCAACGGCGUGGGUAAAAGAAAACGUUCAUGAUGAAAUAUUGGAUAACUGCAUUGCUGCAUAUGAUAACGGUGUAGUGCUGUUAUAAAAUCUUGAUUCGCCGUUUCAAAAUCUCUCUCGUGGCCAUUUAUUCAAACCAUGGUUUAUGGACAUGAUUUGAAGCAUUUUGUCUUUGUAUUGUAAUUGGGUUAACCGUUAAAAGUUUUAAUUGAUUCAUCGAAGAUCAUGGUUUGUCUUUGUAUUUUUUAAAUCUAAGUAAACUUGUUAACGGUUAAACACGCUGAAAACCUAUCAUUUUUUUUUGGUACAACACCUAUCAUUUGUUAACGGUUAAACUAAGUAAACUU